AUGGAUACUCGUCCCAAAUCAUUUGGGACAGGGUUUGCACUUGUUGGUCCGCGUCCACUUUCCAACAUCUCAUCGCAUGGUAAACAAGCCCUGCGAUGCGCGAGCAAGGCCGCCGAGAGCGCGUCUGCACGUCUCUGUGCGGACGCCGAAGCAGAAACAACAGCAACUGAUGUCCCAUCGGUUGCUGAAGCGACUCAGCCUGUAUCACUUGGUGAUGCAGGCGCUGGUCAUGAAGACACUCGUGUCUUCACAGAGUACGAGCUCGGUGUCUCGUACUCUCCUGAUACGGAUGACGGAUCCGUAUCGACGGCGAUUGAAUCUAAGCCGCCAGCCAAGCGUGGCAUGGACGAUGCUUUGCGUCGCAGUAUCUUUGGUUCAUCUGAUGAAUCAGAUGAACCAUCGCCGAAGCGAAGGCGCUCGAGGUCGCGAGACUCGAGCGCUAAUAGUGGUGUCGGUUCUCCAAUGGACACCACUUCAUAG